UGCGAGCUUUGUUGUGUCCUUGGCGGUUGUAUGACUCUGUGCAAGUCCGGUCAAUGUCGUCUAAACGUGGGAGUUAACUUCCUGAUAUAUUGGGGCGAAUUGCACGCUAUUAUUUUUCAUUCAUAAUUCUAUCCGAACGUUGUGUCUUGUCUGCGACCAAGUGUCGUCUGCGUUAGCAUUUUACGAGUAGCGUUGCUGGCAUUUCCGGUUCAUGACACGGCUGCGUAGAAAUUCCCCCAACUCCCUUGUUGAAGUAGUUUUAGGAGCUGAAGACCUAAAGAAGAUGACGGUAUUGAACUUGUCAUUUGCUGCAUCCGGAUUUGUGGGAAUCUACCACCUGGGUGCUGUGGAGGCUUUCCUUCGUCAUGGCAACAAGCUGCUGGGCUCCCUGCAGGCUUGUGCUGGGGCCUCUGCCGGAGCUCUGGUGGCUGCAGUCAUGAUCACGGCUCCCGACAAAGUUGAGCAGUGUAAGGAAUUCACUUUUAAAUUUGCUGACAACGUGAGGAAGCAAAGAUUUGGAGCUGUCACACCGGGAUACAACUUCAUGCAGAAGCUGCGGGAUGGCAUGGAGGAGAUUCUCCCGACAGAUGCCCACUGUCUGGCCACUGACCGCCUCUACAUCUCACUCACACACUCCAGAAGCAGCAAAAAUAUCCUUGUGUCCAGGUUUACAUCCAGAGAAGAGCUCAUAAAGGCUUUAUUGGCGAGCAGUUUUGUCCCGGUCUACGCAGGACUUCAGGCCGUGGAGUUCCGUGGACAGAAAUGGAUCGAUGGAGGUUUCACUGACAGUCUGCCCAUCCUGCCUGUUGGACGAACAAUCACUGUGUCGCCUUUUGCUGGAUUGCAGGACGUGUGUCCUGUCCACAGGGGGCGUCAUGAUACACAACUGAGGCUCGCCAACAUGAACAUCAUGCUUACGGACCAAACAGCACAGUACCACCGGAAACCGUGGGGGGCAGUGUUGCUGUUGCUGCCCGGUACCAUAUCUCUAAUGAGACACAAAGAAGACAGAACAAUGGCAGAAAUUCGCCGUCCUCCAGUGACAAUAUAUUAAACAGCCUCAUCAACCAUCGCCUCCGACAACCUCUCCUUGGAGAACAUCAAACGUCUGAACCAGGCUCUGUUCCCUCCAACCCACCAAGGCCUGCAGUCUCUGUGUCACGAAGGAUUCAGUGACACACUGAGAUUCCUCAAGAGAGAGUCCUGGAUGAGCUGACAGUCCGAUUCCUCCGGCUCCUAAAUCACUUCUGAUGAUUUCUUUUGAAUAAACUGUUGGACUUCAGGAUACCAAACAGACUGGCCGCCGAUUGUAACGAUUUAAUAUCAACGCUGGGAUCAAAUGUGUCUCUGAAUUUGUUCCUUGGACUGGCUGAGGUUUUUAAAAUCACCCUCUGUACCCCUUCUGUGGACAUCAUUUACAAGCCAUUUAAUUCUCUAUCAGCGUGAAACACUGGAGGUGAAUUUUACUGGCUGCUGCUGCAGUGCACAGGAAAUAGUGGCUUUGGUUUUUGGAUGGAGCAUUGUCUUUUGGUUUAUCGGACACUUCCUCUUGAAUCAGCAGACUGUUUUUUUUAACUGACAUGAAAACAUGACAAGUGAAACAAAAUAAAGAACAAUUUCAAAUCAAUUAUUUGAACAAGCUGAGGCUCAUUUUCUCAGACCACCAGAUGGCACUAGCUCACUGCUCUAUUCUCCUCAGCUAUUUUGUUGAAACCUCUACUCACACCGAAACACUUCUUAACCAGAACACUUCUUAAUGAGGCUUCAUCGGGCAGAAACAGGGUUAUUUUAAU